AUGCAGCUCCGUUUGCCUCCUGGAAGUCAAGCGAAAUGCGGCGCUUACUUCUCUCGAGCGAUGGCCCGCAUAUUGGCCGGCCUUGAAGGGAAUUGCUUGGCCUAUCUAGAUGACAUUGUAAUCUUCGAUAAGGACUUCCCAAGCCACUUGGAAUCCCUGCGCAAAGUCUUCUAUAGAUUCCGUCUUCACAACAUCAAGGCCUCCGGCAAUUUUUACUCACCGGCACAACGCAAUAUCAGUGCAAUUCAAGACUACCCCAAACCCACUUCCACCAAGGCCGUGAAGGGAUUCGUAGGCAUGGCUAACUUUUUCCGUAAGUUCAUCCCAAACUUUGUCCAUAUAGCUGCACCGCUGUAUGCGUUACUGAAAGAUCAAGAACCGCCGCUCCCAGCGACUCGGCCACGGAAGGUGACUCGAAUGCGCCAACCUCCUCUGUCUCAGCCUCAACCGCCAGCGACGUCCUUCCUCCUCUCUCGCCUAGCGGUGCCCCCGUCGUUCGCGUAA